AUGACGUACCAACCCUGUGGGCGCAUGGCUUCUGCGACAGAGUGGGCAGCGUGAGGGUCCCCGGUGGAGCCUCUGGGCAUGGCGGUAGGGCAUGGCGUUCGCUGUUUGAGCCAGCUUGCGGAGCUGCCAGAGUUGCACCAGAUGAUGAGGCAGACAUGUAGGGAUUAUGCUCAAAAGGAGCUUGCGCCAAUCGCUGCCCAGCUGGACAAAGAUCACAAGUUCCCAACCAAGCAGGUACAAGAACUGGGAGCGAUGGGUGUCAUGGCUGUAGAGGUACCAGAGAGUCUGGGUGGAGCUGGAAUGGAUUAUCUCGCAUACUGUCUCGCUGUGGAAGAGCUCAGCAGAGGAUGUGCAUCGACCAGAGUCAUCGUCAGUGUGAAUAAUUCGCUGUACCUGGGACCAAUUCUGAAGUUUGGCACAGAAGAACAGAAAAAGCAGUGGAUUACACCCUUCACCACGGGGGAGAAAGUGGGCUGUUUCGCUCUGAGUGAGCCAGGAAACGGCAGCGAUGCAGGUGUGGCAUCAACAUUGGCACAGCAGGAGGGAGAUAAGUGGGUUCUGAACGGAACCAAAGCCUGGAUAACCAACUGCUGGGACGCUUCCGCCACCGUCGUUUUUGCCACAACAGACAAAAGCCUAAAACACAAGGGAAUUAGUGCAUUCCUAGUGCCGAUGCCUCAUCCGGGGUUGUCUUUAGGGAAGAAAGAAGACAAACUGGGAAUUCGAGCUUCAUCGACUGCCAAUAUUAUUCUGGAAGACUGCCGCAUCCCACUCGGCAACAUGCUGGGAGAGCGAGGAAUGGGCUUUAAGAUUGCAAUGCAAACUCUGGACAGCGGGCGGCUUGGUAUCGCAGCACAGGCUCUUGGUAUCGCUCAGGCAGCGCUGGACUGUGCAGCUGAUUACGCUCAUAAAAGAACAGCUUUCGGCGCUCCAAUUGGGAAACUGCAGGCGAUACAGUUUAAACUAGCAGACAUGGCCUUGGCCAUAGAGAGCGCUCGACUUCUCACCUGGAGAGCUGCAAUGCUGAGGGACGCAAAGAAACCUUUCACUAAGGAAGCUGCUAUGGCUAAACUGGGCGCAUCGGAGGCUGCUACGUUUGUCUCUCACCAGGCCAUCCAGGUGCUGGGCGGUAUGGGUUACGUCACAGACAUGCCUGCUGAGAGACACUACCGUGACGCCCGUAUCACAGAGAUAUAA